UCAAACCAGCACCUGAAAAAGAAAUAAUUCAACUUAAAUUAAGAAAGCAAUGGAUAUUCGGCGUAACUAUUAUAUCAAAAAAGGAAUUACCUCAGAUUCUUAAGAAACUCGCGUUACUCCUCCAAAAGAAUAAAAUUAGUGACCUUAGCUUACCAGAUAACAGAAAUCUUAAAAAAUUAAUACACUUAACUUUUGCUGACAUGCCUAUACGUAUCACCAUUUGCACCGGGGAUAUUAAGACUCCAUCGUUCGGGGAAAGAAUCCCUAUAAUUCAAGAAAAUCAUAUAACACCCACCGGGGGGCAUAAGGGAAUAUGAAAAACUUACCAUCGCGUCAGAGAGAAUUAUUAUUGGAAGAAUAUGAAGAGAGAGAUAGCCGAUUUUGUAAAAACCUGUAUAGACUGUCAGAGAAACAAAUUAGUUCGCGUAAAGAAUAAAGAACCUAUGGUAAUUACGGACAGUCCCCUAGAUGCAUUCGAUAAAAUCUCGUUGGAUAUAUUAGGACCCUUACCUUUAACCUCAAGAGGAUACAGCUAUAUAUUGACCAUCCAAGACAAUUUGACUAAAUAUUCAGUAGCAGCACCCAUCGCCUCGAUGACCGCAGAAGACGUAGCGAAAGCGUUCACUAAGCACUUUAUUUGUACAUUCGGCUGCCCAAAGGCGAUCUUGACUGACCAAGGGGCAUGCUUCAUGAGCUCCUUAAUGAAAAGAUUAGCGAAAAUAUUCCACAUACGAACAUACAGGACAUCAUCAUUUCACCCGCAAACAAAUGGAUCCCUAGAAAGAAGCCACCAAGUAUUAAUUGAAUAUCUAAAACAUUUCCUCACGACAGAAAAACAAUGGGACGAAUGGCUACCUCAGGCGAUGUUUUCUUACAACACCAGUCUCCACGAAGGCACAGAUUUACUCCUCACGAGUUAAUAUUCGGGAAAAGGGCACGACAACCAUCCAAUUUUCCAACGGAAGAUGCAGUAUGCACUUAUCCGGACUACGUCGACGACCUUAUAACAAAACUACACAAUUUUCGUAAAACCGCACGGAAUAAUCUCGAACAAGCGAAACACCGACAGAAAUACUAUUACGACAAGAAGAUCCGACCGAUUCAUUACGAGACAGGUGAUGACGUAUUCCUUCUUAAUCCGGCACGGAAGAAUAAACUUAAGAAGGAAUACUCAGGCCCAUACAAGAUCACACGUAUCAUAGGAGACAAUAACGUGGAACUACAAAUAGACCGAAGGAACAAAAGGCGAAUCGUACAUAAGGAUCGAAUUAAACGGGCCUAUUUACAAAUGAAUGAUCGCGAAUCGAUAGAGAGAUGAAUACGUGCGUAAGGGUGUGGCGAAGCUACGUGACAUCAUUCCAGAAAGUGAUUUCAAAGUGAUAGCACGCGGAACCUACCCUUUGAAGGAAAAGAGAAAAAUGGAGGCUUCAACGACCAACUACAUACAAUCAGCGAUUUGUGUAAAGGAUAGGAGAAUCGCCUUCUCCUACAAAUUCAGCCAGGACGUGGGGCGAUUAUGUGGGAGCUGCGUGAGAAACGCGCAUCCCGAUGCAAAAAAGGAAUGGUGGAGCGCAGGAAACCACCACUUCAUAAAACGCGAAUCAGCUACCCAGAAGGCCCGGUGUAUGCGCUGUAAAAUAAGAUUUUCAGUUAUGCUGCCCGCGAUGGCCUGCACCACCUGCCGAAACAGAAUAUCACAGAUGGACAGCGACGAGGAGGAGGCCUUCAACGCAGGGGUCCUCCUGAAUUCGGAUGGGAACUACCCCAUAAUAGAACUGGAAAACGUCCGAUUCUACCAAGCCCAAAUAUAGAAAAAAAUCAACUAAAAAUAUACAUAUCCUAAAAUCUAUAUACAUAAUAAAUAAAUUUACAACUGAACACUUUCUGGUAAAUGAUUAAUACUACCCAUAGGGCUAAGUUAAGAAAGCAAAACAAGUGAAAAUGAUAGUAAAUUCUAAAUUACGCCAUAAUUAAUACGCGCUAUUACGAUAACCUUCAAUAAUGCUGCGACAAUCAGCGACGCCACGAUCGAUCACGCCAUAAUUAAUCGCACUAUAAUUGAUCGCGUCACAAUAGAUCCCGUAUUAGUUGACGACAACACGCGUUACGAUAAAUAUGGCACGCCGAGCAGGGAUCAAUUACCGACAAUAGAUUACGUAUCGACUAUAGAUCCUAUUCGACUCGACGAUCGAUAAUCAAUAUAUAUAUAUAUAUAUAUUUUCAUUUAUGUUAAUUAACCUGCAAUCUUGAUUUAGGAUAGGUACUAUUUGCUAUAAAAGUAUUUGAAUAUUAAGUUAUAACAGUUAAAACAAGAUAAUGUAUUAUUUCCUUUUAUUUUUCUAAUAAAUAGUUCGUAUAAGAAUUUCCGUUAUGCUAUGAUGUGAUUACGCGCCGCGAUACUCGGCCGAAAUCCUUGAGACCGGCGUUGAUCCUAGAAAAGGACAGAGAUACUACUCUCUAUCUCCUACUUCUAUCUACGACGAUUAUCAGAUAUCAAAUUAAUUAAAUUAACUAACUUAAUUUAUA